AUGGCGCAGCUACCACCACCAAGCUCGGGCGGGAUGCCCUCAUCCUUUGACCAUGACAAGUACGUGCCCCAAUUGAUCCCGCUUCCCUUGGCCGCUGCUCACGCGACGAUGUACAGCGAACUUCGCAAUGAAAAGGCACUGCACAAAGUCUUUCGCAAAAUCAAGGAAGAGCCGCUCGUGCCGCUAGGUAACCCUUCUACCCUCCCAUCCACCGACACACUGACUCAAUACUCACAAUGGUCCCAUCUAGGCAUCGGUCUGACCGUCUUCGCCUUCAUCAACGCAUACCGCGCCAUCCGCCGAGGCGACUCGAAGCAGGCCAACAAGAUGUUUCGCGCCCGCGUCGCCGCCCAGGGCUUCACCGUCAUCGCCAUGGUCGCCGGCAGCAUGUACUACAACCAGGACCGCCAGAAGACCAAGGAGCUGCGCAAGGUCAAGGGCGAGACGGACGCCGAGGAGAAGCGCCAAAAGUGGAUUCGCGAGCUCGAGGCCCGCGACGACGAAGACAAGGCCAUGCGCGCCAUGCUCGAGAAGCAGGCGCUCGCCCAGGUCGGCGCGGCUGCUCAGACGGACGGCGAGAACGCCCAGGCCGGCACCGGCGGCAUUCUCGGCCGCAUGGGGCUCUGGGGCCCAGCGGAGACCAAGGCCGCCGAGGAACAAGCCGCUGCGAAUGCCACUGAUGCUGCUGCUUCCAGUGAAGCGAAUGAGAAGAGAAGGGAGAACCCCAGGAGUUCCCUGGGUGCACUGGGUGAGGUGUACGGGUCAAAGAAAAAGGACGAUGGCGAGUCCAAGAAAUAA